UUGUCUCCAAGCGCGUCUCCUCGGCUCUCCGACUCCAGCGCUGCGCCCUGCCGGCUGCGUCAGUCUGCUUGUCUCCGCUUCCGAUCACCAGCCAUGGCUCUGCUGAAGUCUUGCAAGGUUUUCUCCAGUCUGGGGGCUUAUUCCCCCUCUCUGGCAGCGUUUCCAGUUCGGGCCAGUUCCUGGUGGUCUAGUGUGGAAAUGGGACCCCCUGACCCUAUUCUUGGGGUCACCGAAGCCUUCAAGCGGGACGGCAACCCCAAGAAGAUGAACCUGGGGGUGGGAGCGUACCGUGAUGACCAGGGCAAGCCCUACGUCCUGAGCUGCGUGCGCAAGGCAGAGGCCUUAAUUGCUGCCAAGAAGCUGGACAAGGAGUACCUGCCCAUCGGUGGGCUGGCCGAGUUUGCCAAGGCCUCGGCCGAGCUGGCGCUGGGGCCCAGCAACGAGGUCCUGAAGAGCGGCCGGUACAUUACUGUUCAGACCAUCUCUGGAACAGGCUCACUGAGAGUCGGCGCAAACUUCCUGUCCCGGUUCCACACCGCCAGCCGUGACGUCUACCUGCCCAAACCCUCCUGGGGAAACCACACCCCCAUCUUCAGGGAUGCUGGGAUGCAGCUGAAGGCGUACCGCUACUACGACCCCAAGACCUGCGGCUUCGACUUUGCUGGGGCUCUGGAUGACAUCUCGAAAAUCCCAGAGAAAAGCAUCAUCCUCUUCCAUGCUUGUGCCCACAACCCUACAGGAGUGGAUCCCAGGCCUGAGGAGUGGAAGGAGAUCUGUGACCUGGUGAAGAAAAGGAACCUGUUUGUGUUCUUCGACAUGGCGUACCAGGGCUUUGCCAGUGGGGAUAUUGACCGCGACGCCUUGGCCGUGCGCCACUUCAUCGAGCAAGGCCACAACAUUGUGCUCUCCCAGUCCUACGCAAAGAACAUGGGUCUUUAUGGUGAGCGGGUUGGGGCCUUCACUGUGGUCUGCAGCGACGUGGAGGAGGCCAAGCGUGUGGAAUCCCAGCUGAAGAUCCUCAUCCGUCCCAUGUACUCGAACCCGCCCAUGAACGGAGCCCGCAUCGCCGCCACCAUCAUGAACGCGCCCGAGCUGCGCCAGGAGUGGUUGGAGGAGGUGAAGGGAAUGGCCAAUCGCAUCAUCAGUAUGCGGGAACAACUGGUUUCUAACUUAAAGAAGGAGGGCUCCAUCCACAACUGGCAGCAUGUCGUAAACCAGAUCGGCAUGUUCUGCUUCACUGGCCUCAAACCUGAACAGGUGGAGCGUCUGAUAAAGGAGUUCUCGGUCUAUAUGACCAAGGAUGGCCGCAUCUCUAUGGCUGGGGUCUCCUCCGCCAACGUGGGAUACCUGGCACACGGCAUCCACCAGGUCACCAAGUAACGGGACAGCCUGGCAUCCUGCAGCAGUGAAUGAAGGGGAGACGGAACUGUGGCACUGAGCAGACUUGGGAACUGUCCACUGAGCCUUUAUCCAGAUCCCCUGGUUCUCCGUUUUGGAUAAUCUGUUUCAGAUCUUGAUAAAUACUGUUGGGAAGUUAUUAGGUUGUCAGAACUAUUUUGGAACCAGCCCAUCACCUCACUUCUUAUUGCCACAGUUACGGCUUACCUUUUAAUUAUGGACAGGAUAUUUCUCUUCCUCCCCCCCCUUCUUGAAAGCUAGGUCAGACUUCAUAUGUAGUCUGUGAUUUUGUAUGAGAACAGGUGUUUUACUCCUCUUGGGCAAAAGGUAAUUUGAGGGACUUGAUGUUAGCGGGUAAAGAUCUGAUCAUGCCCACUGGUGCAUUAGGUCAACAUUCUGUUGUAGACUGAACAUUUCAGAUUCCUGUUUUCACACUUUCUUCUGUUUUGAUAUGAGAGUUAAGAACUGCUGAUAACGUUGUAGCUGUGCUCUCAUCCUUCUUACUAGUAAGACUUGUAUUGGAUGAGGAUGGAGACACUUAGUCCAACUGGUUAAAUGGAAACUUAAUCCAGCCACUUGAAUCUCCACUUCAUUGAGCCCCACCCUAUACACCAUUUUUACCUUCCAUUUCCCUAUUGGUGCUCUCCCGUGGGUGUUUGCUUUUUCCAAAAGGAUGUUGAGGAAUCCCAAAUUCCAGCUCCGUUCAGGUUUAGGAGAAGGGAUUCUCGCUGCAAUAAUUAAAAUAAGCACUUAAAUGAGAGGCAUUUAAUUGCUUCUCGUAUUGUUUAUAAAAAGUUUGGCCACCAUGUGCGCUGAAAGUAUUAGGAAUUAAUGUAAUUUGUGUGGGAGGGCUGCAUUUUCUGUGAGAAGUCCCCACUCCCAAUCCUAUCUCUAAUUCUGAAAUCAAGCAUCCACUGCUGAUUGUGGCCUAUGAGUUAGCUCUGAUUCUAUUGGCUUUAGGAAACAAAUAUUCCCUCAAAGGUAGAAUGAGAUUUUCUCUAUGGCUACUGUCCACUUUCGGGCCGAACAAUUCAUAAAAUGUGACCAUUCAGAGUGAGUUUAACUCUGAAUCUUGGCUCUGCUGCAUGCCUGUAAGGUUGGGGAUAGCCUUUUCCUUGUGUAUUUAGCACUUGGAUAUAUUCAGCACUUAAAGGAUACAAAAAAAAAAGAUUCCUUUAUUUUUAUUUUAUUGGGAUGAUGUCAAAGCUUGAUUUGACCCUUUGUAUAACUAUACACUUCCCCCACCACCUGGUGAUUGGAUGAGGUUUGUGAGAUGAAAUCUUGCUCCCCAGCCCCCCCCCCAAGUCUGACUGAAUUUCCUAGUGUGGGAUUAAAAUAAUUUGACUGCACAUGAUUUGUGCCCCAUACAUUUCACUUAUCUGAAGUAUCAAAGACUGUAAGUCCCAAGAGGUGGCAGGAUUGUUAAUAUUGAAUGUACCUUAUAGGGGGUGUAUGUAAAUUCUUACACUGUCUGCACUUUUAACCUGAAUAAACCAUGAUCUGAAAA